ACCCCCCUCCCCGCUUCCCCUCUGUCAUUCCCCCUCCCUCUUUCCCUUUCCUCUCCCUCCCAUCUCUUCUCCCCCGUCCUCUCCUCAGAUGGAUUCUUCAGUCAGUCGUGUGGAACUGGUGCGGCUGCCGGAGAGACAGACAUUGAGGCAGAGAGGCUGCUCUGAACAGACGCUGGGUCAGAGCGCUCAGUUGCUUCAGACAAUCACAGGGGAGCGAGAGAAAGACACAGGAAAAGAGAGAGAACACUACAUAGAAAGAUAGGUUGAGAAGGAAGGGAGAGACAGGAGAGGGAGGUAAAUAUGUGACAGGAUGUGGUUUCCCUGUGCUUGCAAAACAUUGGUGUACAACAGUCAUACUUUGAGCAUGACCUAAGCACAGUGAGCGUGCAAGUGUGUUUGAGCUCUAAUAGGUUGUGAAGAGGAAGACGAAGCAAACCGCUGGAGCUGCUGCUGCUGAGCCCACAGAAUCAACACUCUUGUUUCUCUGCUGCCUGCCUGCCUGCCUGCCUGCCUGCCUGCCUGCCUGCCCAGAGGAUUGUGGUUCCUUUAAACCAACCAGCUCCGCGGCAGCCUUUGACAGCUUGUCGGACAGGACCUGAACCCAUCCUCUGUUUGAGCUUUUCUCCCCCCUCGAAGUAGAAUGCGAUUCUCUGCAGGAAGCACUGGUCCAGUUGCUGCAUUUGUGUCCAAGCAGUGAACUUUUCAACGAGAUUGUGAAAGAGGGUCUUUGUAAAGAGUGACCUAAAAACUGUGGAGCCAUGGGCUGCGGGUUGCGCAAGAUGAAACCAGUAUCAGAGGAGAACAGUCCAGGGAAGAUUUACUCCACCCUGAAGAGACCACAGGUGGAGACCAAGGUGGGCGUGGCCUACACAUACCGCUACCUGGACUUCCUCAUCGGCAAAGACGGUGGGACUUCCACUCUGCGCCUCUCAUCAGUGCGAGAGCUGCCAGGUCAGCUGCAGGAGCUUUACCAGCAGGGUUUCAUUCUGGCUGCUGUUCAUCCAUUCAUCCACCCCUGUGGUCCAGAGUCUAACAGCCCACAGUACCAGCUCUACAGGGCCAUACUGGUCCGAUUAAAUGAUGGGGUGGAAAGGAGCCAGCCAGUCGGCCCACCGUGCAAACUCCAGCUGGAAGAGUGCCUGUCUGCUGAGCAGGUGCCCACCCCAGAGCUCAUCCAGGGCUACGUCAAGAAGCAGAUACAGGAUGCUGCUGACCAAGGGGUGAUGUUUGUAGGAUUUGUCCAGGAACCAUACGGCGCCCCGUGUACCAGGAUCAGAGAACCCGACACCCCCUCCCUGUCUCUGCACUCCAGCCCCUGCUCUGUGCUUGAUUCCCUGGGAAGCUGUAGCCCCUCAAACCCCUCAAGCCCCACCAACCAUGCAGAACCUCAAGCUGGAGCUGAUGUGGUGGAGAAGGAAGGGAAUGACGAAGCCUCUGGCAAGGCUGGGGAAGAAGAACCAAGUGGGGAGAAGAAUCAAAGUGAGAACACUGGGAAUGAAUCAGGGCCAGGGGUGGAGGAGGUCUCACCUGCAGCAUCUCCUGUGUCAGAACAAAGUGAGGCACUGACAGAGGAGGAUUCAGCAUCUCAUAAUAAUAACAAAGACAGCAGCACGGACACAAAGGAGAGGCCAAGAUACCGGCUGCGGAGAGGUGACGGGGUCGAUCUGCUGGCGCUGUACAACCACCCACCGGUCCGAGAGGGCCAGGUGAAGUACUACACUGUCAAGGUGCCUCUGCGAGUUCAAAAUUGUGACGAAGGGGUCAAAGGGGUGGAGGCCAACUGGUUGGAUCACAUGACCCAGCACUUCAACAACGGAGCCUCGCUGGUCGAUGGGUAUUUCCACCUGGGCAACAUGAAUGAUUUGCUGCCUAAGUCAGUGGAAAGUGUCUUCAUCUUCCAGGAGGCGAGCGAAGGUGAGUCGAACGCGGCCAUCCCGGCGUACGAUGCCAUCGUUGUGGAGCAGUGGACCGUCAUCGAUGGUUUGCAGGUGAAGGCUGAUUAUGUUCCUCUGCUUCAGUCUCUGGCCACAUAUGGAUGGAGGCUUACUUGUGUGCUACCAACUCCUGUAAUCAAGACUAACAGUGAUGGAAGUCUGUCCACCAAACAGAUUGUUUUCCUGCAGAGACCCGUUUUAGGCCGAAAGAGGAGGGAAUCAAAGAAAUUAAUCUUCAAGCCCCGAAGCAAGUCCAACAAGAACUGCGUCAAAGAUAGUGCAAAAAAUAAGAAGAAAAAGAAAACAAAAGUUGAGAAGGAUACAGAAGAUCCCAAGCCUCUUGAUGACAGAGAGAAGGUCGAAAAGGAAGAAGAUAAGAGUAGGGAUGAAAAGGCGAAUACAGAGGAGGGAGAGACAGCAAGAGAAAGUGAGACAAUGACAGAGAAAGAGGCAAGGUGUGAGGAGGAUAGAAAAAAUGAUGAUGGUAUUGAAAUCAGUAUGGAGACUGUCACAAAGAAAGAUGGAGGAGCAUCAACAAGAGACAAAGGAGCGGAAAAUGGCACUGAAGAAGAAGCACUGGAUGGAGAAGGAUCAAAAGUGAACGGAGAGCCUUCUGAAAACAGAGAGUUCAAGGAAGUGAUGAAAACCAUUGCAACUGUCGAGAGCAAGACCAAAGAAAUGGAGGACGAGGGCAGAGCGGAGGUUGAAGUUGUAAUAGAAAAUGGGGUAGAGACAGAUGAGGAGAAAGAUGAAGGUGGAGAUAAUGCAGUCAGAUGCAAAACGGAAGAAUCAGUACACACGGAGAUCAUUACCAAGGAGAUGGUGGUUGAUGCACAGGCCACAUGUCAAAGCCCAGAGGAGACUCAAGAGUAGCCUGAGUUGUUAGAGUUAAGGUUCAUUCCCCACCCUACCUCUCAAAGUCCCCAUUCCUAAGAACUGGUUCCCAGUGUUGUCCCUAAUCCAAAUUAACGGGGCUUUGGUCCCCAUCGCUGCAGCAUUCUCCAAUCCUCCCAUCGCUCAUUGAUGAUACCCCCCACAUCCUAACUCAGUGUAGCUCGGAAAGAACUUCAUUUAAAGCCACACAUACUGAAUGUAUAUACUAUCUAAAACAGGAAAUGCUGACGCGGGGUAGUCAGGGUGGCGUCGCUGGAUGAGGACAACCAGAGCACUGAGAAGGAUGCCAAAAUCAGAGCGUGUGCAGAAUGAAGCUAACGUUUAAAGGCCUGGUCACCCAGCAUUUAAAAUGUUUUCAAACAUGGAUUCAUUUUGAUUACUGGAUUUAUUGUUUGCGAGGAGUGUUGCUGUUGACCAAAUUGUUAAGAGUAAGAUCAAACACUCACUGCUAAAGGCGUUCCCCAAAGAAUCUUAUUGGUAGCCAGCCGUCUAAAUUUAAAUGAAUUUAGCCUCAUCUAUCAGACUGUAACCUGCUCCUGAUAAAUUGAAUGGUUUGUUGACAGUUUUAGUGAAGCAGUUUAUAAUGCAAAUGCACCUUUUGAAUAAACUAAAUGAACUUGUUUCCUUAUUAGCGGCCAACCUAAGUUAUAUUUAGAAUGGCUGCUAGCUUAAGAGCUUUUUUACGCUCCCAGUGAUGGUUUAAAAUGCUGACAGCAAAACAACAGGGAGCAGACAGGCCAGACGAUCUUAUAUUAAAGAUGAAAGACGAAAUGAAAGAAGCUCAUUUAGUUAAUGUGACUUAACUAAUGCAUUUAGCUAACAAUCUAGCAGCUUCUCAACAAGAACUGCUGCUACUGCAUUUUGCUAAUGUUCUAAAAUCAGGUAUUCAAAAAUUAAUAGAUUCCCUUUUUUGUGUUACUUUCUGGUGUUCCCAGGCCUUUGACAGGGCCAGGGGCUUUGCAUUAUAAUUCUUGUUGCAGUCCACUUGCAACUUUUCAAAAAGGGUUAAAUAGCUAGCCCUAAAUUGUUUUACACAAACACAAAUACAUAUAAAAAAUAAGUCCUAACAGAGAGAAAACAGAGCAUGGUGAGCUUUUCCUGCCUUACAGCGAUAAAGUUACCUGUUUGACCAGCUCUUACCAGUUUAUGAAGCUGUGAGAACAGAAAAAAAGAGGUAGGGUCUUGGCUGCCUCUUUAACCCAUCUGACAAUGUAAAGGGCAGGUAGGCUUAGAAAAACAUCCUAAAUCAUCCCAAACCCUGCUCUUGUGUGAGUUCGGAUGUGAAGGGAUGAGAAAGCUCAUAGAGGUGAUGGGAAAGGCAUUUGUUGCGACAGGCAAUCCAAAGUAGGCUGAACAGAUAAUUGUUUACGCUGAGCUCUAAGCCAUCAAGUGCUUCAAACAGAGCCGAUAAUCACUCUUUGGUGUGCUCACCUUGCAUACAGAAUGUUCCAUAUUCAAAGCCAAGCUAGAUGAGGAUGUGAAAUUCAGCUGAAUGUUUGCACCUCGAGGGCAGAACUCAUAUUCAGAGUUAGCUUUUACAUACAGGAAAUCUGUUGCAUUUUUAAUUACAUUCCAGUCAGUCGCUAAAAAUGAAAGUAGUUGUCAGUGUGGAAACGAGGUUAAGCUGUGUGGUCAGAACAUGUCGUAGCCUUGUUGUUUAUUGAGACCAGAAUUGAGAGGUAGAAAUUGAAAUAAAGAAGAAGGCUGCAGUGAAAGAGAAAGACCACAGAGCAUAAGAGAGUCAAAUAAAAGAAAUGAAUAGGCUCAUUUAAAGUAACAGCCGUUUGUGUCCCACAUUCCCUGUUGAGAUUUCCUUCAUUAUUUUACCUCCAGCUCUUUAAGCACCUCUUACCAGACAUCAUUUCUGACAAUAACCAAGUCCUAAUGUGCUGUUUCAUGGCAUCGUGUAGCUUUCCAUUUUAAAAGGUGGAACAGGAGGGGAGGGAAGUGGCAACAUUCACGGUGCGGAGCUCUCAUUAGCUCACUAAUGGAUUUUGUCAGUGGGGUAUCUGUCAGUAAUCAUGCAUUUAUAAUGGGGGGUCACUUAUUGGGAGGAGGUAUUGACAGCAAAACACCUCAAUGUGAAGCAAAUAGCCUUCAUAUUAACAGUGAUGUCACGGGGAAUCAUUUGCACUGAGGAGGAAGAGUUUGUGUUAAAAAAAUGUUGCAUUUUGCAAAGAACUUACACACAUCUCAUCACAAAGAUGUCAGAAAGCCUAUUUAUUAAAGCGUUAGCAUUUGAUUUAUAAAGAACUUAAACUACCUUCUGUCCGGCUUUAUACAGAGUAUAAUUUGUCACAAUUUGGAUAUUUUGUUUUAUGAGAAUAAAUGAUAGCUUGGUCAAGAAAAAUGGAUCCUUCCUGGAGAAGAAACUCUUCAAUUACACACAAGUAAGAUCGAUUAUGCUGAAUAAGUGCUCUCCUUUCGGGAGAUUAAUCCACCCGCCGCUGAGAUUUUUCAAUGUAAAAUGGCAGAUGUUUUUGUGUAGAGUAGAAUAUAAAACUGUGACCAGUUUAGCCUUAUCACUAUACUGUAAAUGGCCCACAGUCUGCUAUUAGAAAUGUCUUUUAGAGGCACCAUGGUGAUUUAAGUGUUUGUUAUAGUCAAACGGGAACGUUUUGCUACAGUCAGUGUUGGUAUUUUGAAGAUGUUGUUACAUGUUUUAUUGCUGGGAUUCAGAACGACAGGAUAAAGAUGUGUGUGUCUAUAUGAAGGUAUUAUAUUUUGGAUCAUUCUUAACAUGUUUUGAACAUGUGUUUUUUUAUUGUGAUUGUUCUGUUUUUGGACAUUUUUAUUGUGGGCUUUGUGUUGCCUCUGCUAAAGCUUGCAAAAAUGUAUCGCUGACUGACGCUUCCAGCUACCUCCCGAGGGCCGUUGUGGGUUUUGAACUGAGGGGUCGCUGCAUGCGUGACCCCCCCUGAAGCAUAUGCUCCUUGUCCUUUCGCCCUCCGCUAUGACGGAGACCAGAACUGUGAGCGUGAGGUCAUCGCUAAUGGCAGACGAGGUCAAAGGUUGUGUUUGAGCCAGAAUGGAUUUUCCACAGCUGUACACAGGAGUUUGCACGAGCACAUGACAAAUAACCACUCCGAUAUUGAAUGAAGAUAUGAAGUCAUAUUAUAGUAUUCUCUGUGGUAUUUUCUUUCCUUCUCCUUAAACGUCAUUGACUCAGCUGCUUUUGACUGUUUGAACUUUAAUGAACAUAAUAAUAAGCAAGAAAUAUUUAAUGCCACCUGUUGUAUCAGAGAAGCUGACGAGCAAAUAGGACUCAGCUGUCACUUUCACGGUUUUAGUCGGAAUACGAUAAAUGUAAAUUAUGAAAGGCAAUACCAAAAGGCAUCUUUUGAUAGCAGACAAGAUCUUUAUGAAUAUUUGAGAAAUUCCCCUGUUAAAUCCUGGUCAGCUUAUUUCCUCAGAUUGAAUCAAUUUUUUUUCUCCCCAACGUCACGCUAAACAUUUUAACUGUCAUCCAUCUGUUUUAUGAAUACGAAUUUAUUUCAGCGCUCCUUUCUUUCGCCUUUUUUGCAUCUCUGCACAUUUUUAAUCUAAAAACUGUGACAUAUAUUCCCCUUUGGCAUCCUGUGAAAACACAUAGAUCAGAUCCGUCUUUAUCUAUGGGAACAGAGUUUGGAAAAUGAAAACGAUGAGAUGAUCUCAGCUGACACGAGUGCUUUGCGACGCUGCAUUCCUGUUGUUCAUCCACAAAUAUGGAUGAUCAUAACCUUGACAAAAAGUUACAGCCGGUCCUGUAUCCGUCCAUCGAGUGUGGGGCCGUGGCCUUAUGGGGCUCCAUCUCCCCCUGAUAAGGGCUGAUUGGUUGCUGUGCAGUCUAACCUCUGACAUGAGUACACUCCAGAGACUCUGGGUAAUUGUGAUUUUUGUGGUCUACAAAAAACAAAACGAAAAAAAAAAAAACAGAGACAGGGAGAGAAAAGUGAGAUAGGAUCUGACACUUCAUCAGUUAAAUGAUGUUGAACCGUGUUAACUUAGCCGUCCGUGAAAAGAAGGAGAUCUAACGUUAGUAUUAAAUAUACGUCCGCAGCCCUCUCCCCUUUCUUGUAAGGAAAGGUAACAUACUGUCUUAUAUCAGCAUAAUUGUCUCUGAGCCUCCAUAGUGGCGCUGGUGCAAUCAUUCUUGGUAAUGCUGUAAAAAGAAAAAAAAACGUAAUGGUUCAUUUCCUGUGUGUUACUAUGGUGUGAAAUGGGCAGAGUAGAAAAGGCAGAACAUGAUUUAAUAGGAUGCCGUCAUUUAUUUGUUUUUUUUCUGUGUUGUCACUUUAGCUUGCUCACAGCCUCUGGAAAAUGUAUUCUUAGAUUUUUGUCUCUGAUGUGAGUUUUUUUUAUCACCUCAGCUGCCAUCUUGAAUGUUGAGUAUCUUUGAUCAUGUGCCGUUGUCUUUUGCAUUGCUAUCAAGGAAGAAAAAAGUAUUCUUUAUCUUUGCUAUCCUGAGUAUGUCAACAUUCCUAUUGUUCAUGACAUCUGUACAAUUUGUAUAUUAUAAAAUGAUUUAUAUUUAAUGUG